AUGACGGGGACCGACGAGGAAUUGAAAGAAGCUGCUGAAAUGGAUCACCAUCAUUUCGUCAAAACUUUAUCAGCUUUCAGGUUUUUUGGUCCACACCUUCUUAAAAGAGUCGAACGCUCGAGAGCCUACUAUUACUCAUUACCUUCUACUCACCAUAAACUUAUUCGUGAAUUUGAUGAUAACCUCAAAAAGGUUGAGAAAUGCAUUUCGCACAACAAUGAUCUAAUAGCCAGCAUUAUUAAGCAUUCCGCUCCAGACAUUUUCAACGGAGAACAUGCUUGUGAGUUGAAUGGCACAGUUGGUUCACCGAACGGAACAGAUCUAAAUAACAAUCACACAGUCGGUCCCCGGGAAAAAAUUGGUCCUUUCGCAUUUACAAAUACAGAAAUGGACAAAGUUCGAUCAGCUUUAAAACAAUUUGUCAGAGAUUGGUCAGUUGAAGGAAAACCAGAACGGGACAUAUGUUAUCAAUUUGUACUUAAUGAUGUCUUAGAGCUAUUUAACCCAAAUAAAAUAAAUCCUGCAAAUGUGAACAUCCUAGUCCCAGGGGCUGGCCUUGGUCGACUGGCCUGGGAACUCGCUCAUCUUGGCUACACAUGCCAAGGAAAUGAAUGGAGCUUGUACAUGCUUAUUCCAGCUUAUUUCAUCCUAAACACAUGUAAACAAGUUAAUGAGUACAAAUUAUAUCCGUGGAUCGGUCAAUUUUGUAAUAAUAUGUCACGUGAAGAUCAAAUGGCCCCGGUCUAUUUCCCUGAUGUAUGUCCAGCAGAUUUACCUGCUAACGUCCAAUUUUCUAUGGCAGCUGGAGAUUUCGUUGAAAUUUAUACUGAGCCAAAUACAUGGGAUUGUAUAGCUACUGUGUUUUUUAUUGACACAGCACAUAAUAUUCUUAAUUAUUUGGAUACAAUUUGGCUCAUACUUAAACCUGGUGGUUAUUGGAUCAAUUUUGGUCCAUUAUUAUAUCAUUUCUCUGAUAUACCUGGUGAAGAUUCUUUAGAAUUAAGUUAUACAGAACUUCGUUUAGCUAUUAAACGAUUAGGUUUCGAGAUUGUGCGAGAAAAAUCUGACAUUCAAUGUGGUUACACACAAAAUCCAUCGUCAAUGCUUUCAUACAAUUAUAAUUGUGUUUAUGGUUUGUUUCGGAAACCGCUAACAACAACAACAAUAUCACCGACAACUGAAGCUACAGUAACAAAACUUAUGUCAACAUUGAAUACCACCACACCAUCUACAACUGAUGAUAUGGAAUAAUCAAAAUACAUAUAUAUAUUUCAUUGAAUAGUAAUGACACCAUCUUUGUGUACAAAAUCUGCCAAUCAGCAUUCUUGACGAUGAUUUCAAUGUAUUCAAGAUGUGGCAACCAACUUUAUUUUUUAGGUUUCUAACUUUGCAUUAUCAUUUGAUCCAGUUUAUGCAUUAUUUUUUUUACAUAAGUAUUUAACGUUCAAUACAAC